AUGCUUGCAGCCAGAUUAGGAGUGGAAAAACCGGUCAUACAGGCACCCAUGGCAGGUGUGUCCAGCGUCGACCUGGCCUCCCAGGUGACCAACAGCGGCGGCAUUGGCUCUCUUCCGCUGUCCUCGAUAAAUUUGAAGAACAACUGGGGCUCGUUUGUUCAAACGAUGCAGGAUUACCGGAGUAAACUGUCCGCCAACCGGCCAGGGUCCCGGCUUCCGGUGAACCUGAACUUCUUCUGCCAUGACAUCUACUCGCCGCCUUCGAAGGAGCAGAUCUCCAAUUGGUGCAGAUUGUAUCAGUCAGUGGUGCCUCCGGUCGUCUCGGACUGGAGCUCCGUGAGCAGCUUCUCCAACGGGAACGUUUCGUUUAAAACCUGGGAGUUGCAGGAGAAUAAGGAGGUGUUGGACACUAUGUUUGAUUUCUGGCACCAAAACAAGGAGCUAGUUCCGGAGAUCGUCAGCUUUCAUUUUGGGUACCCCUCUGUGGAGACCAUUCGGAAGCUCCAGGAACUGGGCACGCUUGUCUUUGUCACAGCAACUUCGCUAGAAGAAGUCAAGGUGCUGCUCUCGUUGGACAUCGACGGGCUUGUACUUCAGGGAGAUGAAGCAGGGGGGCAUCGGGGGGAUUUCCUGCCAACUGAGAAUGAAAACCUGAGCACCUUUGCUCUUUUCGAGAUUGUCCAGAGUUAUUUGGACUCCCAAGGUUUAAAAGAUAACAUAUACGUCGUCCCGGCCGGCGGAAUCAUGGACUCGACAGCUGUCUUGAAGUACAUAAAGUCUGGAGCAUCCGCAGUUCAGAUGGGCACAGCCUUUCUUGCCACAGAGGGCUCGGUUGCCAAGCCGUACUUUGAGAAGCUGGUUAGGAAACAAGACAAAAACAGAGAUACGUUGCCAAAAACCAUCAUGACUUCCCUUGUCUCUGGCAAACCAGCUAGAACUGUGGUCACUCCUUUUAUUUCCACCUUGGUCUCAAAGUAUAACGGGUUGAGCCAGCAAAGCAAAAACUUGCCUGACUACGGGUUCAGAUACAAGGCUUACAAAGACUUAAGUCAGAAGCUCAAGGGGAAGAUAGACAUGGAUAUCGGCUUCCACUUGGCUGGAAGCAACUACAAGAAAAUGAACAUUAACAGUAAUGUGGGUGAAAUCCUCUCAGCAGUUACGGAAGAUUUAUAA